UAAAGGAAACGGGAGAAAAUGAGAGACAGUGAAAUGAAAAAUUGCAAAAACUCCAAAAAGAGAAAAGAAAAGCAAAGAAUUUGAGAAGCAUUAUACAAAUAAAAGGAAGAACGAAACAAGAGAAAGACAGUCAGAAAUGGCUGUGGAGACAGUGGCUGCAGCAGAAGGAGACGCGCAGAAGAAGAACAGGAUUCAAGUGUCUAACACCAAAAAGCCUUUGUUUUUCUACGUUAAUCUUGCCAAAAGAUACAUUCAGCAGCAUAAUGAGGUUGAGCUUUCUGCCUUGGGCAUGGCUAUAACUACUGUUGUCACAAUUGCUGAGAUUUUGAAGAAUAAUGGACUGGCUAUUGAGAAAAAAGUUAUGACAUCUACAGUUGGCAUGAAGGAUGAGAAUAAAGGGCGUGUUGUGCAAAAGGCCAAGAUUGAAAUUGUGUUGGGGAAGUCUGAAAAGUUCGACUUGCUGAUGAAUGCUGCCAAUGGGCCACCAGAGGGUACUUCCAAAGAUGAGGAAUGACAAUAGAGUGAAGCAAAAUUGAUGUUUAUUGUUGUAGUUCUACAUUCACAUUCUUUCUUAGUAGUACUUACUAGCAGGAGAAUAGGUAGGUAUUCAUUGAACAUGAAUCCCUUGUGGAGUAGUUAAUACAUAAUAGACUAGAGAGACAGCUUCAUAGAAUGAUUUCUACUCUAUAAGGGAGUGUCUGUUUUUGAAUUUGUAUUUUUCUUUGUCAAUGCACAUAAAGAUUGACUAUUCAAUUAGGAAGAAACUGUAGUAAUCACUUUUUCUGCAAUUUGUAUGCUUGACUCGCUGAAGCCUAGUUCUUACUGUUGACUGUUUGAU